AUGUCUUUCCUAGGUCUAGGUGGUGGAGCUCCUCAACUUUCUUCUCAGCAAAAGAUCCAGGCUGCUGAGGCCGAGUUGGAUUUGGUUACCGAUAUGUUCAACAGAUUGGUCUCCAACUGUUACACCAAGUGUAUCAACAAUGCUUAUAACGAGGGUGACUUGAAUAAGAACGAAGCUAACUGUUUGGACAGAUGUGUGGCGAAGUACUUCGAGACAAACGUCAAGGUUGGUGAAAACAUGCAAAAACUGGGUCAAACCUUCAACGCUGCUGGUAAGUUCUAA